UGGCUGCGGGGCGCCGCUCACCGCGGGACCCUCCCUGGCGCCGCUGCCGCCCGCCGCCGGGCCGCCCUGCCCGGCCUGCCCUCCACCGCGGCCCAGCAGGUUGCAUCUUUUCGAGGAGUGGCGGUUCGCAGCCUCUGCACGUCCUCCCCUCAUGACCACCCAGAACAUGGGAGAUUAGUUUAUAAAGGAAAUUUGGCAAAGGCAGUGUUAGGUGUGAGAUUUUUCUCUUACUCCACCAGCAUAUUCAACCUGUUCAUGGUGCCCUACAUCAUGCUCAAAACUGGCAUUGGCUUUGAAAGCCUCUUCAUACAAGCUGCCUUUUACGGCCUGAUCGGGUUCUUUACGUUUGUAACCCCGGUGACUUUGCAUGUCCUAACGAAAGGCUAUGUCAUUCGACUCUACUAUAAAGAGGACAUGGACACCUACACAGCCAUCACCUACAAUGCCAUCUUGGCAGAAAAAGCGACUGUUUUCCACCAGAAGGAUGUGAAGAUCCCAGACAUCACCAAGAUGUUCACGACAUUUUAUGCGAAAACGAAAUCGAUGCUUGUUAACCCGACGCUUUUCCCCAAUCCUCAGGAUUAUAACCAUCUCAUGGGCUACGACAAAUCCCUUUAUUUUAACUUCGAGGAGAUGGAGAAGGAGGAAGCUGAUGACAGGAAAUAAUUUCAAGAUACGGAAUGUUGCUAUUACUGUUCGUGGUGCAGUACUAUAUAUGUGAAAGAAUGUGAAAUUCUAUUACACUUCCUUAAGUAUCAUGUAGCCAGAGGUCCCUAAACGCAUUUUGGAAUGUAUAAAAAACAAAAACCAAUUUUUUUUUAAACUUGUAAACAGUGUGAGGGUUUCUUCAGAGUUGAUGACACAAAAUACAGUAAAAGAAAUGCUUAGA